CAAAUAGCUGUUUUUACCUUGCGGUGGGCUACCGGUGACAUUGUACUAGCCGUGUUUUAGUUCUAGAAUCUCUAGAUGAAGAAAUAGACAAAUAUUUUUAAAAAGUGUAAUCAUGGCUUACGAUUUGACAACUGACGAAGGAGUUAAAGAAUACUUACGAGAUAUUCAAAUAGAAUACCAAUUCCAAUGUUUAGAUCAAAAAGAACCUGAUGGUUGCCACAGGCUUGCAGACUUUAUGUAUACUAUAAGACAACAACCCUCUACAGCAGCCCCCCUUUACAAAGAAAAUUGUGACAAAAACAACUACCCAGAGAGUUGCUUUAAGUAUGGCAAUUGCCUGGCUAAAGGAAUAGGUAUGCCAGAAGAAAAGCCUGACUUGAAGUCAGCCUUCCAUUAUUUCGAGAAGAGCUGUGAGAUGAAUUAUGCUGAAGGGUGCCACAAUGCUGGUUUUGCGUUACUUUCAACUGGCUCUGAUGAAGAAAAGAAAAUAGAAAAGUGUUUAACCUUCCUCAAUAAGUCUUGUGAUCUCAAGUGUAAGGAUGCUUGUUUCAGUUUAGCUGGGUUUUACUUGGAAGGGGAACAUGUAGACAAAGACUUGAAAAAAGCAUUUGAGUUCAAUCAGAAAGGUUGUAAUCUUGGCAUGGUGGCCUGUUGCAGCAAUCUUAGCCUUAUGUACAAAUAUGGACAUGGGACGGAGAAGAAUUUGAAGAUGGCUGCCACCCUCAAACAAAAGGCUGCUGACUUGUCAGGAUCAAAUGCGACGAAGCAACGGCCCUUGAAAGUGAAUCAAUAACACAAAUUUUAGUUUAUGCGGGGAGGGGGUGUAUAUUUGUUUUUUUAUGAUAGUCAGCAAAUAUGUUGCAUAUAAACAAAUUAAUGCUAAUAAAUCAUUGAAUAUCCUUGCAA